AGCUUGUUUGAGGGAAAGGACUCCAAGAAGAAAGAAAGUGCAAAGAGUGCGCAAGAAGGGUAAAGGAAGGGGGAUUGGGAAGCGAAAGAGGAAAGUAAAAGGGAGUGAAAUUACAUUGCAACGAAGACAAUGAUCGAAUAUUCUCUGGCAUAGCAAAGGCAGUCCGAACAGACACUGAACCCUCUUUGAACCCGGGGUAUGCCAUGAAGAAUAUCCCCCCGUUGUAUCACGAUGAAUGAUUGACAAAAAGGCAAGCAGUCUUUUCGCCAGUACCAUAUCAGUGAUGUUUACAAUCUUUUCUUGGAUGUAUUCUGCUUAUUUGUCCAAAGUUUGGAGUGUCCUCUCUCUCAUGUUGGUUCCGCCCACACAUGAAGAAGGAACGAGCCUCGCAGCACGACUCUCGUACGAACAAGCAAUGUCCGCAAACGAUUACUACACCAACUCCAGCUACUCAUCCUCGGGCCCCGGCCAUCAACAGCCGUCGUCCUUCGACAACCAACAGAUAUCCAACCAGCAGCAGCACAGCUCGCAUAGCUACCCUCCCCAAGGCCAAGCUCACCUCCACUCCUACGACAACCACCUCCAACUCCAAGACCAUGCCGCCGCCGGUCGUCGCCGCAGCUCCGCCAUCUCCAUUCCUGCCGGUGCCGCAGACGUCAGCUUGAACCCCCAUCUUGCUCAGGGUUUCCUACACCACGAAUUAGUCCCAAACAACGACACCCCCGCCACCCAUAGUGGUACCUCUUCCGUUCAACAACAUGGUCAUCCUACCACUAGCCAUUUCUGUCCCGUUGGUAAGGAGUCAAACAACAUCUCCCACGGCCCCAACGCUCCCAACGAUCCCACCACUCCCCAUAACCCAGACGGCCACACAGGCCCAGACGGCGAAAGGGGCCUAGGCGCCACCCUCGUCGGCGGCGCAAGCGGGCACUUCCUCGCUAAACAACUCGGUCACGGCGGCAGCCAUCACCACGGCGCGCUUGGGACCACUGCGGGAGCAGUAGCUGCUAAUCUCCUGGAGCACAAGUUGAAGAAGAACCAUGAUCAGAAGAACCAUCACCACCAGACUCAGCAUGUCCAUGAUUUGGGACAUGGACAUGGCGGCGGUGGAGGAGGAUUGAGUGGGAUGUUUGGUGGUGGUGGUGGUGGUGGCGGUGGUAAGCAUCCUACUCUUCAACAACAGGCACAGGAGCAUCAUUACCCGGAGACGCAUGCUGGAUCUGUGGGAUAUGGACAUGGUCAUGGAAAGGAGCAUGAAGGCGUGAGCCAGGGACAUCAUGAGCAUGGGAAGCAUGGGAAGUGGGGGCAUUAGUCGUUGGAAUACUAAAGAAAAACUUUCUGGACAAGCCCGUUAGUGAGUAGCUGCUGUCUUGUUUGCAUCACUU